CCCCCUGAAUUUGAAUUCCGCUCCUACCGCCGUUUCGUAUACUACCUGGCCGUGGUUCGGUGUUCGCGAUCGAUACGGGUGGUUGCAUGUUCUGGUCGGAUUUGGGCGUUUCGAGGGUUGCUUUGAUUCGGAGUUUAUAUCUCUUCGGUUGUCUUUCUCCUUGUCCAUGAUUCGGAGAGGAGCUCGUGACUUCGACUUGCCUUAGUUUUUUUUUUUUUUUUUUUAAGUUGGAGUUUUGGAGCUGGCUGAUGUUUGAGUGGGUUGGCGUAAAAUUAAUAUCCAUCACAAUCAUGCGCGAGUGAGGAAUUCAGUGAGAUAAAAUCUUUGUGGAUGUAUCGCCUGCAGAAUAAACUGAGACUGAGUCAGCUGGAGCAUGUAGUCUAUGAUGUUUAUGCAGUGUCUUAGGAAAGUCCCGUGAGGUUUGGUUGUGGUUAUUGAUCGUAGUUUGGGAUGCGGUUCAUAAUCUUGGUUUCAAUUGAGAAGGCCUGAGAUUUCAGUCUCAUGAUUUAGUUGCUAGGUUUCCAAACAUCUCCAACAUCUUGACCCUUGAGGGAAGUUGUGCUGUUGCAUCAAAAGAUAAAUAGAAUUGGAUCAUCUAAGAUUCAAGCUUCAAAGGAUAUUAUGUAUCAAUGUUCUGUAACUUUGAGUUGGACUCUACUUUUGAGUUUUGAUUUAGACAAACAAUUAAAUAGGUAAUGGGUGGUUGCUGUUGCUGUUCAUCAAGAAGUGCUGAAUCAGAUAGCUCACCUGCGUACUACUAUCAUCCUCGAAACUUGGAAGAGAAUGAACCACUGUCAGUGACCAACCACGGUGCAUUGCCUUUAGUCCCUUCCAGAGUACUCAAUGAUAAUCUGGCCACAUCAACACCUGACACUUACCAAGCACCACCUGCACCUUUGCCCUAUGAUGUGGGUUUAGAGAACUUACCAACAUUGCCUGGAGAUGUUGCAAAUUGUGGCACUAAAGUAGAUGAAAAUGAAACACUGAGUUCUCAGACAACAGUAGAGAAAAAUGAUAAUUUUGUAACUUCAGGCUGCAAUAAUAAACCCGACUGUGAGCAGAAGUCUCCUAAAAUUAGUGAAGACGAGAUCAGUAAGCUUAUCACCUCUCCAGAAGAGGAGGAUGCUUGUCCUAUUUGUCUCGAAGAUUAUGAUACAGAGAAUCCUCGUAUUCUAACUAAAUGCGAGCACCAUUUCCAUCUGUCCUGUAUCCUGGAGUGGAUGGAGAGAAGUGAUACCUGUGCAAUUUGUGACCAGAUAAUGAUUAUUGACAACGUGUACGGUAUGGUAUCUCCCUAGCAGAACUUUUAACCAGUUGAGUAAAUUCUCAAGCAACUGAAAGAAUUUCGAGUUUCGGGUCAAAAAAUGCACAUGAUAUUGCCAAAUUCAUCUGAAAUCGCCUGAUGGAGUAUCGAAUAGACACUGAAAUUCAAAAAAAAAAAAAAGAAAAAUUUAAACACACACACACACAAGGUAAUGAAAUCUCUUUCAAUCUAUUAUCAUGUAAAUCCUGUUCGUUCCCUCAAAUGUUUUUUUCUGUCAGUCGAUGUAAAUUUGAGUUAAACCAGGAUAGUUCCAUGUUGGUUUGUGACCUGCAAUUCCCCUUUAUCUUGAGUCUCAUAGUCUGUAUCUAUAUACUCUCUAGAUACCCCCCUAUAAAUAUCUGAUAUCAGUCAUUGCAUUUGUACU